CUCCCUCCCCCUUUUUUUUUAAAAAAAAAAAAAUAAAUGAUCACUGACGACGAAACUACUCAUGACCAAACUACAUCACUUAUCAUGACGGAAUUAACCUCACCAUUACCACCACCCUCGGCUUUUGUAGAUUAUACCCCUCGUCAUAUCACAGUUGAAACGCCACCACAUUCUUCUCCUUCAUCUCAUACCAAUGAGAUUAGUCUCUUACGACAAAAACGAGCACUUUAUUAUCGACAAUUAGCACAAAAAACAAAAAGUCACUCAACUAAGAAUUAUAUGGAUUCACCUCUAGUGCGACGUAAUCUUGGUGUCAAUCCUUCUGUCAUUCCUAUUGAUAUUCAUGAACGAAAACAGGUGUCCUCUAUGACCAAUCAAAAGAAAAAAGAGUGGUCCACUGAUGAUUUUGAUGUAGGGAAACAUUUGGGUACUGGCAAGUUUGGAAAUGUAUAUAUGGCAAGGGAAAAACAAUCACGUCAAGUGGUUGCCAUGAAAAUUCUGAUCAAGAAAGAAUUACAAGAAGCUGGAGUAGCUCAUUUUCUUCGAAGAGAAGUGGAAAUUCAUGCACAUUUACGACAUCCUCAUAUUCUACGAAUGUAUGGUUAUUUUCAAGAUCAUCAACAUAUAUACCUUGUGCUUGAUUGUGCUACUCAAGGCUCCUUAUAUAACAAAUUGGAAGAACAUGGACGAUUCACAGAUAUAUUGGCAUCAAAGUGUAUACAUCAAGUUGCCAGUGCUCUUUAUUAUCUUCACAAAUUAGGUGUGAUUCAUCGAGAUAUCAAACCAGAAAAUAUUCUUAUAGAUAAACAAGGACAUCUUCAAUUGGCUGAUUUUGGAUGGGCUGUUUUUGAUCGACAACCAAGACGAAACACAUUUUGUGGAACAUUAGAUUAUUUGCCACCAGAAAUGAUUGGAAAUCGACCACAUAAUGCAAAAGUGGAUGUUUGGGCUUUAGGUGUAUUGACAUAUGAACUACUGGUUGGCAAACCUCCUUUUGAACAUGUAGAAUAUAUGGAUACUUAUCAACAUAUCACCAGAGUGGAUUAUACGUUCCCCGAUCACGUUGGUAUCAUGGCUCGGUCUUUCAUCUCUUUGGCUUUACAACAGGAUGUCCAUAAACGAUGCAAUUUGUCCGAUUUGAUUCGUCAUCACUGGCUCAAGAAACUCAAGAAAAGAACAUCAACUCCACGUCACCCCACCUCAUAACUAGUUCCUUCUUUUUUUUUUUUUCUAGUAUAGUUUCUCUAUAUAUGUACAUUAUUUACUAUUACAUAUUCUUUC